AUGAGAGCUGUCCUUCUCGUCUUUCUUCUGCAGGACGUUGAGAUCCGGACCAAUGCGGCUCAGUAUUUACCUCAGAUCAGCGAUCUGUUGAACAGAGUGCCCCGGCAGAUGCUGCUGCUUCUGAAGACCAACGACCUGCUGAGGGGCAUCGAGACCACCUUACAGACCAGGGCCUCCUCCUCCUCCUUCAUCAACAUGUCUCGCUGCUGUAUACGCGCCAUGGCCAGACACAAGAGGAGUAAGGCUCGGUCCAGAAGGAGGCGCCUGCAGAUCACGCUGUCCGAGUCCCUGAACUUGUGGAAACUCGGCGUGUAUGAACUGUUUCUGAGGGUGAAAGGCUCCAUGUUGGUCCACUGGCUCUCCGUUCUGCUGACGUUUCUGCAUUGAGACACAUCUGGACUUCACAUCAGGACAGAAACGACACUCUGCAGCUGCUGAGGGGUCUGGAGGGUUUGUACACAACAAUGUUACACAAAUAAAAUACAGUAUGUGCUCUUCAGUACAACCUCAACCCACACACUCACACUCAUAAACCAUUUGCACCUGUAUAAAUGACACUUCCACAACCCUCUGGAUUCACACAGAGACACAAACAUGCUGAUGUCUGUAGAGACCUGAUGUAGCCGUGGCUGUUGAUCAUUUUUCGACCUGUUACCUCAAGAUCACAGACUUUCAGAUCUGUAAACCAUUUCCUUUAAGUCACUAACUAAUACAAGCAGACAUACAGGAGAGGAAAGAGGCCACAUGUGGAAGAAACAUUUGAGUUCUGAGUUCAGACACAUCAUCAGAUUUCUCACUUGGUUUUUCUUCUUCUGCAAAAAAUGUAUUCUGCCAAGUUAGUAUGUAAUCAAAGGAAGUGGACAUGCAUCUAAACAUUUAACAUACUCUGUUUCCCUGUGGUAACGAAAUAAGUUUCAGGUGUUUUCUCAAGAUCUUGACUUAUUUAUCUCGUUUCCCCGGACAUGCAGAAUCAGAAAACUAACAUAGAAAUAGGCUUAACUUCCUCAUUAGUGUGGGCAAUGUCCAAUGACAUCCGGACAAUCCUGUUAUCACGGGGAAACAAGCUUUGUUAUCCUGAGAUAAUGAGAUACAUUAACCUGUUAUAAAAGCUAAAGAAGCUGUUUUAUCCUGAGAUGAUGAGACAGUAAGUCAAGGUCUCCAUUUAGUCCACUAAAUCAAAUGUCUGGAUGUAUGUCCCCUUAGGGCCUCCGUAGAUUUCUUGCACCAAAGUGUGACUUUUUUUUAGCUUUCCUUUUUCCCUUUUAAAAUAAAUAAAUCAGAAUAUUGACUUUGAUUUUACGGGAACAUUUUAUUCAUUGUUAUGCACAUAAACUCCUUUUUUAGGAAUCGUGUUAUUUUGUCAGAGUAAAAAAAAUCAGAACUCAAUUUGUUCACAUAGCCUUCUUCUUGUUCUGUAUAUAACUGUGUUUGAACUCUCAAUGAACCUUAAGGCCCAUUUAGUUAUUAAAUGAUAUUAAAUGAUAAUAUUGUUACUAUGGAUACCAAGCUUUCGUUAAAUGAUCAGUUUUUAUUUCUCAGAUUCUGAGCUUCAGAAGUCAGACGUGAUGUUGAGAUAACAGGGCGUCAUUCACAUUACCUUGUGCAACUUUUAAAACAUGAUUAUAUUCUGAUGAUACUUGACAGUGAUGUAUCGUUACACACAGACAAACCUCAUUACUUUCAAACAAUCACUCCAACAGUGAGGCGGCUGUGGAGAUUCAAACAAGCUCAUAAACAGCUGCAGAGGGAGAAAAGCAGUCGGAUUAGAAGGUAACACAGAGAGAUGGGUUAGUUUGUCAUACACAUACAAAACAAGAAUCCAACCAGGAGCAGAGUGCACUGACAUGCAUGCUACAAGUGCAGAAGGUCACAGGAAAUUCACAAAACUGCUGUGACUAAGCUCCACCUUCACACACACACACACACACACACACACACACACACACACACACACACACACACACACACACACACACACACACACACACACCCCGCUGCACUCCCCCUGCUGGCUCUGCUGAAACUGUCUCUUCUCUGUAACGCCUUUGUCACUACUUCCAAAGACGGAACAGAGGAGGACCUCUUGGGACAUUCAGAUUGAAGGUGAAAGGUCACAGGGGGCAUCACAAACAGCAGUCUGAAUGGGGCUACUGUUUCAGCCUUGAUGAUGUUGGACUUUGGAUUCAUUCCUGCUCCUCAACAAAAUACCUCAGGCUGAAGUUUGCAUCGAGUCACAGAAGUUUCUGAUGACGCAGGAUGCACUGAAUGCUGAAAUAGUUUAUUUUCAUUGUUAUAACUAUUGUAUAAUGGUGCAUUUUGUUUACUACUUCAUUGAUACUGUAAAGCCCCGUUUCCACCCAGCAGUCCAGUUUGGUUCAGUACAGUUUUGGUACAGUUUUGGUACGGUAAACUCUAAACUUGCUUGUGUUUCCACAGCCAACCCUUAUUUGGUAAGCAGAGUGUAAGCCAGAUGGAGGUCAGCUAUGUGAUAGUGUGACAUCAUAGCAGCCCAACACAGUGCAGCCCGCUAUUAAUUAAGUUAAACAUUCAAGAAGAACGGGACACAGUAAAUGAAAGGGACCCUUUAGGGACAGAUUGGUACCCUUGGCACCCCAACAGAAGGGCACCAAGAAAGUAGGACGGUAUGGAUCCCUUACUUUGGCACCAUUCCCAACUUCCCAAAAUAGGUACAGCACCAGACCAAACUGAACCGGACCGCUUGGUGGAAACAGGGCGUAACUCUUAAGUCAGAUACCGUUCAGCCAUUCCACAAUCACACCAGUUGUUACUGUCAGUGUCAUAAAAUGUAGAUUAGGGUUUUCUGGCACAACUUCACAAACUACCAAGGUGCAUGGAGAGAGGAAGGCUCUAAGAGGUCAGAAAGCUCCAGCAGCACUUCUUGUAGUAUGAAGAUCGACUUGAUUAACUUUAUUAGACCGACAUGUUUUGGCUUGUGGCCUUCAUCAGGGUCACAAGAAAUACUGAAGUCUUUUCCCUCUAAUCAGAAAUUGGGUUUUUCCUCCAGCUUUUUAAAGAAACCUGGCAGCUUGUUUCACUCCAGCCCCAAAAAUGUAACACAACUGAUGAUGUGCCUCUGCAAAAAAAACUCCUAAUCUUUGGUCUUUUUUCAAGUUUAUUUUCUGGCUUUUAAUACCUUUAUUUCAGAGACAGGACAGUAGACAGAGUCAGAAAUCAGGGAGAGAGAGAGAGUAGGGAAUGAAAUGCGGGAAAGAAG